CCUACACUCGGCGGAUCCAUCUUCCCUCCCUCUCUCUGUCUCUCCCUGUACGGGGUCAGGCGAGUUGAGAUUCAUUUCUUGAAACCUGCUAAGUAGAUAGCUCUUGUUUCUCCCCUGCUCUCACAUCAAGGAGGAGAAGAGGAAAAAGCAAGAAAGCAGAAGCCUUUUCCCACUUUUUUUUUGUCACAAAAUCCUAUUAACCCCCCUCUCUCCCUUUCUCUCUCUCUCAUAAUUCAAGAGUUUCUCUCACUCAUCAAGAGCUUCCAUCAUCCAGCUUUUCCAUCAUCCCUUUUGCAGCCAUCAGGUUUUCUUUGUUGCCAAAUCAGUGACUCCCAUCACCCUAGAAAAAAUCCCUUUUCCUCAGGUCAAUCAAACUUCUAUCCCUUGCUUCCAAGAUUUGACUUUUUUCUUCUGGAUAUUCUCAGAUCUUAGUCAAUGGUUUUAGUCUCUGAAAUUCAGUAAAAAUCCCAUCUUGAUUUAAUCUCUAGGUUUAGUACCCCAAAUUGAGAGGAUUUUUCAAUUUUCCAAAGUGGGGUUUUUUUUCUUUUCUUUUUGAGAUUCCUCCAAGUGAGGUGGAUGUGGAGGAAAAAGGUAUUCUGAUUCCUCCCAACACCAAAAUGCUUCUUCCCUGAUUUAACAUUGAUUUAUGCCAUUCCCAACCUUCCCACCUCUCCGCACUUGUCUCUUUUUCUCUCUCAAAGGUGGGACAUGGAGAUCUUAUCACCAAGCUCUUAUUUUUCGAAUUCAAGCUGGCUUCUUGAUGACAGCAGGUGGAGCGCCGCCGAGAACAAGCUCUUUGAGAAUGCCCUCGCAUUGUUCGACGAGAACACGCCGGACAGGUGGCAGAAGGUAGCCGCGAUGGUGCCCGGGAAAACUGUCGGCGAUGUUAUUAGGCAGUAUAAAGAAUUGGAAGAUGAUGUCAGCAGUAUUGAGGCAGGGCUCAUCCCUGUUCCAGGCUACACCACUUCCUCUCCUUUUACUCUUGAAUGGGGCCAUGGCUAUGUGAAUUCCUUCGCCGCUGGGAGGAAGGCUCAGCCACCAGGGAGGCCGUCGGAGCAUGAGAGGAAGAAGGGGGUGCCUUGGACAGAGGAGGAGCAUAAAUUGUUCUUGAUGGGGCUGAAGAAGUAUGGAAAAGGAGACUGGAGAAACAUAUCUAGGAAUUUUGUAAUCACAAGAACUCCAACACAAGUAGCUAGCCACGCCCAAAAAUACUUCAUCCGGCAGCUCUCGGGUGGCAAGGACAAACGGCGAGCCAGCAUUCACGACAUCACGACAAUGAACCUCAACGAACACCAGGCGCCUUCCCCAGAGAGGAAGAAGCAGCCCUCAAUUCUUUCCCCCAAGUCGGAGAAGCUGCCGAGCUAUCCAUGGAGUCAGGCUAGCAAUGAUGCCAUCAUAGGGUUCAGCUCACUAUGCCAUGGAAAUAUGUUUGCCUCCUCGCCUUACAGCAUAGGCUCGUUCGGCCAGCACCUGCAACGGGGCAUGGUGCAUGACGCGUUCAUGGGGUCCCAAAAUGCGCUGUUUCAGAUGCAGCCCGAGCUGCACUACCCCAAUGCAUGAUGAUGGAUGCAUUUGAUCUUGUUGGUUUGAGAAAUGCAUAGUUAAGAAUUGUAGCCUAAAAGCUUAGCUUUGUUUGUGAUUUUUCUUGAUUUCCCCUUUUUGUGAAUAUGUUGAGAUUUGGCAUUUGAGUUAGAACAGUGUUGGUAGAUAUGAAGAAAAAAAGGAUAGAUAAAUAUUAAUCUCAAAACGCCAAGGAUUGAAAGUAAACAAUCUUCAUGUCAUUCUCCUUGUAAUUAAAAAAAAGAUCUAAGAUCCAUCAAUCAUUGGUGGACUUAUAUUAGUCCAUUUUGCUA